AUGGCGUCUUUCGUUCAAAACACCCUUUUUAAUUGCAGCGGCUUGGUUGCUGUCAUCACAGGUGGUGGCACAGGUAUUGGUCUCGUGAUGGCGCGAGCCCUUGAAGCCAACGGGGCGAAGGUCUACAUUCUUGGUCGACGCAAAGACAAGCUUGAUGAGGCUGCGGCUACAGCUCUACAUGGGAACAUAUUCCCCCUUCAAUGCGACGUGACAUCAAAGUCGAGCCUGCAAAGUGUGGCCACUCACAUCGAAGCGGAAACGGGAUAUGUGAAUCUCGUGAUUGCCAAUUCCGGGAUCCAGGGGCCGAACUACAGCGAGUUACUUCCAGGCAAAGACGGAAAGGUCCCUGACAUACAGGAGGUGCAGAGAGUCCUCUGGGGUCCGUCGAUGGAGCAACUGGCGGAGGUCUACAAUAUCAACGUGACGGGUGUUUAUUACACCGCAAUUGCCUUCCUAGACCUUCUCGACAAAGGGAACCAGAGAGGAAACGUUCAACAGACAAGCCAGGUAUUGGUGACCAGCUCUAUCGGUGCCUUUUAUCGGGCAUGGCCACAAGCAGGGAUGGCCUACACAACGAGCAAAGCGGCAGUGACUCACUUAACCAAAAGUUUGGCAAGCUAUCUGAUCCAAUAUCGGAUUAGAGUCAAUGCGAUUGCUCCAGGAACCUUUCGGUCGGAGAUGAUGGUCGCUAUGCUUGGCGAUAAGGAUUUUACGGUCGAGGGAUCAAUGCCGGUCUCAAUGCAGCCCCUCAAACGGAGACAGGGGGAUACUGUUCAGGGUCAAUUCAUGUAG